UUCAGAAUUAUGUUAGCCAAACUAGAAACAUGUGCCAUUUAUUUCACCCACAAAAACCAGAGUUAUAGAGGUCUACAAAAGUCUCUUAAUUUUCAACAUUUUAUCGAAUUUUGUUUAAGCGCUAGGUAAUUGUUUGUAGUAUACGUCGAAUCUUAUCAUAUCAUUUUCAGAAGAGUAACUGUAUGAUGUAAUUACCCCAAAAAAGUCCCAUAAUAUAGCUAGGUCCAGAUUCUACCUAAACAUCUCUGAAUUUCAUUUAAUGUUUCUUUGCAGAAUUAUACUGAAAUAAUUUGAUGUCACAUAAUACAUACCACAGAAGCUCACAUUACAGGUCGCUCUUUAUACCAUGUGAUGAUGAUAAAUCGAAACUAUAAGUAAGAUAUAAAUGAAACAAUGCCGAAACGUUUCCCUUGAAUAAUUUCAUAAACAAAAAAGAAAAAGAAAAAGAUAUUUCCCUUGCAAAUGCCAGUUCUAAAAAGUUUCUUCAAGAAAAUGGCAUUUUGGCUGUGUGUGAUCUUUUGUCUUGUCACAUUCGCUUCCUCAACUCCUCCAGAUGAUCCGGUCAAGUGCAAGUCUAGGAACACAAUAUGCACGGUUACGAAUUCGUAUGGAGCAUUUCCUGACCGCUCCAUAUGCGAAGCUGCAAAGGUGGAGUACCCAAGAACCGAGGCUGAGCUCGUCUCUGUGGUGGCUGCAGCCACUAGAGCCGGCCAAAAGAUGAGGGUUGUGACUCGGUACUCUCACAGCAUCCCAAAGCUGGUCUGCACUGACGUAAAGGACGGGAUUCUCAUAAGCACCAAAUUUCUAAACCAUGUGGUGAGAACCGAUCCCAAGGCCAAGACUUUAACGGUUGAGAGCGGCGUGACGCUAAGGGAGCUGAUAGAAGAAGCGGCCAAGUUGGAGCUGGCGUUACCGUACGCACCGUACUGGUGGGGACUAACGGUUGGAGGGAUGAUGGGGACGGGUGCUCACGGUAGUUCGUUGUGGGGUAACGGAAGUGCCGUCCAUGAUUACGUGACCGAGAUAAGCAUCGUGAGUCCCGGUUCCGUUUCUGACGGGUAUGUGAAGGUUCGGGUUCUUAGUGAGACUAUGAACCCUGAAGGAUUUAAUGCAGCCACAGUUUCUUUAGGAGUUCUUGGUGUUAUAUCUCAGGUAACUUUCAAAUUAGAACCAAUGUUCAAGAGAUCCUUGACGUAUGUUGUGAGAAACGAUACCGACAUGGAAGAUCAAGCCUUGACUUUUGGUAGACAACACGAAUUUGCGGACUUAUUAUGGUUACCAAGCCAAGGAAAAGUUGUGUAUAGAAUUGAUGACCGAGUUCCGACAAAAGUUUCGGGAGAUGGCGUGUUCAGUUUCUUCCCAUUCCGUUCACAAGUCUCUUUGAUCGUUGCCUUCGUCAGAUCCUUAGAGGAGAGUGACGAGUUGUCUGGAGAAGCAAACGGAAAGUGUGUGAGAGCAAGACAACUAUCAUCCUUUUUGUUAAGAAUCGCGUUCGGUGUGACCAAUAAUGGCUUUAUAUUUACAGGCUAUCCGGCUGUCGGAAGCCAAGACCGUAUGAUGUCUUCCGGUUCAUGUCUAGACAGUCAUCAGAAUGGACUGAUCACGGCUUGUCCGUGGGAUCCGCGGAUAAAAGGCCAAUUUUUUCAUCAAACAACAUUUAGUGUUCCUCUUGCGCGAGUCAAAGCUUUCAUAAAAGACAUCAAAGCUCUUGUAAAGAUCGAACCUAAAUCUCUCUGCGUCCUUGAACUCAACAACGGCAUUUUAAUGCGAUAUGUCACAUCCUCUCCUGCCUUUCUUGGGAAGGAAGAAAAAGCUUUAGACUUUGACCUAACUUACUACAGAAGCAAAGAUGAUCCUUUGACUCCUCGUCUCUACGAGGAUUAUAUUGAAGAGAUCGAGCAAAUGGCGCUCUUGAAGUACAAUGCUUUGCCACAUUGGGGAAAGAAUAGGAACAUAGCGUUUGAUGGUGUCAUUAAGAAGUACAAGAACGCAAACUUGUUUCUGAAAGUAAAGGAGAGAUUGGAUCCCUCGGGGUUGUUUUCUACAGAAUGGACCGAUCAGAUUCUAGGGUUAAAAGGAAACGUGACGGUUGUGAAACAAGGAUGUGCAUUGGAAGGGCUAUGUAUUUGUUCGGAGGAUUCUCAGUGUGCUCCUAACAAAGGUUAUUUGUGUCGGCCAGGUAAAGUUUAUAGUGCAGCUAGGGUUUGUACUCGUGUAAGUGCUUGAGAGUGAUUAUUAACCUCCAAACUAUCGAAGAAUCAUACUUAAAUAAAUAACUAUUGAAGCUCCACCUCUCAAAACCUUUUCAAAUCGUGUCCACUUUUAUUUAUAAACGGCCUCGUGAGUCUGUGAUAACCACCUUUUGAUCAUCCUCUGUUAUCUGCUCCUGAUGAGGAUGGAUUCAUCAUCCAUCGUAUGUUGGGCUUUCUAUGUAUGAAAAAACAGAGUAAUUGUUUUGGAGGCAUACUUUAGCAAUAUUGAGUUAUCGAUUAUUGACUAAGCCGUACCAAGUACCAAGAAUAAGAGAGAAAAUAGGGAAUGGUCUUCAAAUUACUAGUGUAUUUCCAUAUAUCUAUAACUAGAGCUCGACCGCACCCGCACGGGUAUUUAUUUUAAUAGAAUUAACGUAUAAACUUUUUUACAUUACAAAAAUGUAAUGGUUGCACAUAUAUGCUUCAUAAGAAUGUUAAUUUUCGAUUUGUAAUACAUUUGUGAUACAUCGACGGUUUUUAAUUGUCUGUGAUUUAUAGGUUGCUUAUAUUUUGGUUGGAUACUAAACCAAUCAAAAUGAUAAUUUAUAUAACAUAUUCGCCGGUAAGUAAUUUUAAUUACAUUAACAGUUUUUAUGUAUUUAUUUAUAAAAUAAAAUACCAACUAGUAUGUUUAUAUUUUUAAUAAUCUUUUCCAUAACAAAAUAUAUGUCAAAUAAUUCACUUCUGCUUUAAUAAAAUAGAUAGAUUUGUUUCUAAGUCUUUUAUAAGCCAAAUCAUUUUUUCUAUGUUUAAUUUUGAGGAAAAUAGUUUUCAUAACAAUUUAUUAUUUUAUUUUUAUAAUUUAAAUAGAUAUGUAUGAAUAAUAUUAAGGGAAAUUGCCAAAAAUACCAUUUUCAAAGUACCACUUUUCAUGUUUACACUAAUCACUUUUAUUUCAUGUUUACGCUAAUCACUUUUACCCUCA